CCUUCUUCCCGUCUUCCUCCCCUUCUCUUCUCAUCUUGGAAGAAGACGAGCAAAAAGAACAGAUAUUCUUCUUCUUUUUUAUUCUCGAGAAUAAAACUGAGUAGAUGAGAAGCUAGUAGGGAGGCAAGGAGGAGGAGAAGAUGCAAACCGAGAAAGCAUAAUAGAACCACACAAAGCUAGAGCAAGAUUAGUAGAUUACUCGCUCUGCAAUCCUGCUGCAUUUGCUUGUGCCUAUCAGUGUGGUUCUUGGGUGCUACAGAAUGUCGCCAAGAUUCGACUUUGCUGCAUCCAUGCUCCUCUGCUCAGAGGACAGCACCACCAUUUUCGACCUGGAGGAGGAGGAGGAGAGCAAGGAGAUUUCGUGGGUUCUUGGUUCGCCGUCGCGGCAUGUCGACGCUUCUUCAGGCUCCUUGUUGAUUGACUUUCCCCUGCAGUCGGAGAGCUUCAUUGAGGAGCUCCUGGGGAGGGAGGAGAAGCACCUGCCCAUGGAGGGCUACGCCCAGCGGCUGCUGCAGCAGCCUGGCGGCUCGGAUUUGGUGGCCGUGAGGAACGCUGCCAUUGACUGGAUUUGGAAGGUCCAUGAUCAUUACAAGUUAGGACCUUUGACGGCGGUCUUGUCUGUGAACUACCUGGACCGGUUCCUCUCUUUGUGCGAUUUUGCUCUAGAGGGAGCUUGGAUCACACAACUCUUAGCAGUGGCUUGCUUGUCCUUGGCUGCAAAAAUGGAAGAAACAAUUGUCCUAAAUCCCUUAGACUUGCAGGUGGUUGAUGCGGAGUAUGUGUUUGAUCCUCCGACCGUGCAUAGAAUGGAGCAUGCGGUGCUCAACACCCUGAGUUGGAGGAUGCAAGCUGUGACUGCUUGCUCAUUUGUUGACUACUAUCUUCACAAAUUCAGCGAUGGUGAUGCAGUAUCCGAAAUCACACUUGCUCGCUCAAUUGAACUUAUCUUGAGUGCAUCUAAAGCUGCUGAAUUAAUGGUUUUCAGACCGUCAGAGAUUGCUGCAAGUGUGGCUCUUGUGGCAUUGGGGAAACACGACAGUUCAGUACUUGAGAGCGUGGCAACUAGUUGGAGACAAUUAAUAAAGGAGAGAGUAUUAGGAUGCUGUGAAGUGAUUCAAGAAAAGAUUGUUAUGGGGAACAUUAUUCUGAAGUCAAUUGGCUCUUCAGUUUUCACCGAGCAGCAUAGACCCAUAGGCGUGCUGGAUGUAGCUGCAUGCGAGAGCCAACAAAGUGAGGGCAUAAGUUCAGGAGUUCCUAUAAUAAACAAUGAGGGUCCAUCAGCAAGCAAAAGAAGGAGGAUUUGCACAUGAUUGGUCUCAUCAUCAGGUGCUUCGCUUUCCAACUUUUGCUUCAAGCAUGCCAAUCUAAUUCGGCCACUCAGAAGAGUUUUGGUAUGUCAAGCUGUUUUGAGAAUUAAAAGAAGCAAGGGAAAAUAUGGACCCAGUUUGGCCCCCCAAAAUGGCAAAAGCCAAUUGACUUGCAGCAUGGUUUGAUGUUUUUCCCAGUUUACAAGAGUCUUGGGCGUGCAAAGCCAUUUGACGAUCCGGUGACAGUGUUGGUUAUUGUCUGAUUGGUUUAGGUAGAUAGUGGUGCUGUAGAGAUGAGGGUUCUUUUGUUGGAUUUUGUAUUCAUGCUCCCUUGUUUGCUUUUGUGAGAACUUGGAGGGAUGCUUUGAUGUGGGUAAUGGAAAUACAAGGAAGAAAAUAUAAACAAACUGGAAGAAGAAAAGUUUGCAUUGGUUUCCUUGAGAAA